UGCAAUCAUAAAUUGCGUCCUCUGGCCAAUCAGCGGGCCGGGGGAUGCGGCAUGAAAGCGACCCAUGUGGAGAACUUUGUUGAGCCUCAUUGUUGAGGCUGUCAGGCCCCGAGCUGAGGGCCCGGGGCGGGGAGGGGGGGGCAGGCUCCUAUAAAACUCCUCUCCCCAGAGUGAGAGAGCAGAGGAGUUAGCAGCAUUCACAGUGAUUCUCUCCCAGCCGCCACAAGGAGUACCUCCCGAUUUUUCUCUUUUCAAACCGGGACCAUGAUGAUCCCAAGCGUCCUCGCGCCUCCUGCCCUGUACCCGGGCUUGUACCGGCCCGCCGCGGCUCUGCCGCUCCACCAGACCCUGCCCUCCGUCUUCCCGACGCACUCAAGCUUUCUAGUGGAGGACCUGCUCCGGAUAAGCCGCCCCACCGCCGCCGCCGCCUUCAUAAACCGGACUGUCCCGUCAGCGAGCGCCUCCCUGCCCACAGCCACCACCACCCUGUCCUUCAGCGGCGCGCACGCGUUGGCCACGACGCGCGAAUCGUGCUCGCCCAAAACGUCAGUGCCGAGCAGCAAAGACCCGACUUUUCUCAAGUUUGGAGUGAGCGCCAUCCUCGCACCUUCACCAAAGACCGCGUCCUCUCCACCUGUCAUCCACCACCUGCACUCCAAGAGCUUCCCCAUCCCGUGCUUUGACGGAACCUUCCAUCCCAUAUUCAGGACGCCAUAUUUACCAGCAUCUUCAUCAGUCGUUCCCAUCCCCGGGACUUUUUCGUGGCCCCUGGCCGCCAGAGGGAAGCCCCGAAGAGGGAUGCUGAGGAGGGCGGUGUUCUCUGACGUGCAGCGCAAAGCCUUGGAGAAAAUGUUCCAGAAACAGAAAUACAUCAGCAAACCAGACAGGAAGAAGCUGGCGUCGAAGCUGGGCCUCAAAGAUUCACAGGUGAAAAUCUGGUUCCAGAACAGGCGGAUGAAGUGGAGGAACUCUAAAGAGCGAGAGCUGCUGUCGUCCGGCGGCUGCCGCGAGCAGACGCUGCCCACCAAAGCCAACCCGCACCCGGAUCUGAGCGACGUGGGCAAGAAGUCGUCAGCCGACGAGGAGGAGGAGGACGAGGAGGAAGAGUUCAGAAGGGAGAGGAUGAGGGCCGCGGGGUCCAGCGUCUCCUCUCCGUCUCUCUCCAGUAAGCACUCGGACUUCUCAGAGUCAGACGAAGAAGAAAUAACAGUAUCUUAAUUUAUUUUUUAUCAUAGAGAUAUAACCCGUGUUUUGUUUUCAUCUGAGACUGUGACCAGAUUUGUAAGAAGCUGCCGCCCCAUAAACAUAAAAAAAAAAAAAA